AUUUGCUAAUGCAUUUGAGCACCAUCUAGUGAGCGUUUAGCGAACUCGCAAGAACAGCCAUGACAAUCUUUUGUUGAUGUUGCUUGUUAUGGCUUGACUCCAUUCAUGUUGGAAUACGCCGAUAGACACUGGACUAAAUAAAUCACGCAGCCAUGGAGAGCAGACCUAACCACACAAUCUACAUCAACAACUUGAAUGAAAAAAUUAAAAAAGAAGAGUUGAAGAAGUCGCUUAAUGCCAUAUUUUCGCAAUUUGGGCCAAUCCACGACAUAAUUGCUUUGAAGACGCUGAAAAUGCGAGGCCAAGCGUUUGUAAUCUUCAAAGAAGUGAGCAGCGCCACAAACGCUCUCCGUUCAAUGCAGGGAUUCCCCUUCUACGACAAACCAAUGAGAAUUCAGUACUCGAAAACAGACUCGGACGUAAUUGCCAAAAUGAAAGGAAGCUUCGUCGAGCGGCCAAAGAAGCCCAGAAGAGAGACCGGGAGUGGCGAGCUCAGCAAAAAGGCCAAGAGAAAGGCGGCCAAGGAAAAUCUGGCCAAACAGCAGCAAAUGGCCGCGGCGGCGGCCAGCAUGAUGUCUCAGGGAAUACCAUUCAACCAACAAACCAUGCAAUUGUUGCACGCCGCUGCGGCUGUUGCGGAACAACCACCAAACCAGAUUUUGUUCCUCACAAACUUGCCCGACGAGACCAACGAGAUGAUGCUCUCAAUGCUGUUCAACCAGUUCCCUGGAUUCAAAGAAGUGCGUCUUGUUCCUGGCAGACACGACAUUGCCUUCGUGGAGUUUGAGAACGAGAUUCAGUCGUCGGCGGCCAAAGAGGCGCUCCAGGGCUUCAAAAUCACCCCCUCAAAUGCUAUGAAAAUUUCGUUUGCAAAGAAAUAAUAAGCUUAAUCUCCUUGAAUCUUUUUGUGCGAAUGGUUGUGCGAAUGAAUUUCGUUGUAAAAUCAAAU